AUGGUUAGCAAGAUCUUAUUAAUCCACGGUCCAAAUUUGAACUUAUUAGGUACAAGAGAACCUGAGAAAUACGGUACAACAACCCUAAAACAAAUUGAAUCAAAUGCUCUUGAUCAAGUUAAAUCACAUUCCCCAGAUGCUGAUAUUCAAUUCUAUCAAAGUAAUCACGAAGGUGGAUUAGUUGAUCGUAUCCAUGAAGCAAGAGACCAAGGUGUUGAAUUCAUCAUUAUUAAUGCCGGUGCUUAUACUCAUACUUCUGUUGCCUUGAGAGAUGCUAUAUUAGGUGUUGAUAUUCCUUUUGUUGAAUUACAUAUUACAAAUGUCCAUGCUAGAGAACCUUUUAGACAUCAUAGUUAUUUGGUUGAUAAGGCUAUUGCUAUCAUUAGUGGAUUAGGUCCAAUUUAUGGUUACAAAGCUGCAAUUGAAUUUGCAUUAAAUUAUGAAAGAAAGUGA